UCGUCGCUUCAUCAGAUGGGCAAAAAUUGCUUCUUCCCGAGUUUGUUUCCGAACGGAGGGCUGGAGAGCAGUCCCGUUUUCCAAGUGUCAAAGGUGUCAAGGAACGGAGAGUGUGUCCAGGAAUUCUCCUUUCAAAUGAUAUUAAAUUGGGAGAAGUUGCUAACUCUUUCAAAAGAAGAUGGAGAGUUAGAAGACGGUGAAAUAGAUGAUGCAGGUUUUGAAGAGACGCAAGAACAUCAGGAAACUAAAGGGGAUGAUAAACAAAAAAAUGAGAGAGCCCAUAGAAAAUCCAGGAAGAAACGCAAGAAAGAAAAAGAAAAGAAAAAAUCAAAACGGAGAAGACGGGAGAAACAUAAGCAUAAUUCCCCAUCUAGUGAUGACAGUUCAGACUACAGCAUUGACUCAGACAUCGAACACACAGAGAGGUCCCACAAGAAGGGAUCUAGCACCUACAGGGAUUAUGACUCCUCGUUUAUGCAGCAUGGACAUUUGUCGGGGAACUACAUGUCAUCCCAGAAGAGUCAGCAUAAUAAAAAAUCCAAAAGUAAGGAGUAUGAGGAAUACAGUAACUACAGUGAUGACAACUUCGGGAGCUACAGUCAGGAAACAGAGGAGGACUUUGCCGACCAGCUUAAACAAUACAGACAGUCUAAAGAGACGUCAAGUACCGGUUUAGGAGCAUCCUUUCCUAAAGACCCGUUGAAAAAACAGGGGAUGAAAGGGAUCCAGCAAGGUGUUGAACAGAGGGGUAAAGGCUUUAAUGUUGGUCGUGGACGUGGUUUGCAGAAGAAAAUGAAGCGCAAAGACCGAGGAAGAGGAAGAGGGGGCAAUAAAGGGCCUAAUGCAUUUUCAGGAACAGAUGGCUAUCAAGAGGAUAGUAAACCAAUGAAGAAAUGGGUGAAUAUGAGUCAGGAAUUCAUCAAUCAGCAUACAGUGGAGCACAAAGGGAAGCAGAUUUGUAAAUAUUUUCUUGAGGGGAGAUGUAUUAAGGGAGACCAGUGUAAAUUUGAUCACGAUGCAGAGUUAGAGAAGAAAAAGGAAAUCUGCAAGUUUUAUAUACAGGGAUAUUGUACCAAAGGAGAGAAUUGCAUUUAUAUGCACAAUGAAUUUCCUUGCAAGUUCUAUCAUACAGGAGCAAAAUGCUACCAAGGCGACAAGUGCAAGUUUUCUCACGCUCCCCUGACAAAGGAAACAAAAGAACUCUUGGACAAGGUUUUGAAUACCGAAGAGGAGCCCCAAAAUGAAGAUGAACGUGAGCUGGAGGAACUGAGGAAACGUGGCAUUGCCCCUUUACCUAAACCGCCGCCAGGCGUUGGCCUUCUGCCGACCCCACCGGAGCAUUUCUCAUUUUCUGAACCAGAAGACAAUUUUCAAGGCGAUCUUUCCGACGAAUUCAAGAAAAUCCCAUCUCUUUUUGAAAUAGUGGUGAAGCCGACUGUGGAUUUAGCACACAAGAUCGGAAAGAAGCCACCAGCUUUUUAUAACAGCGCCUCCCCGCCUGGGCCCCAGUUUCAGGGAAGCAGCCCCCAUCCUCAGCACAUGUACAGUGCAGGAUCAAGCCCGGGGCCCGGGCCCAACAUGUCCCAAGGCCCCAACGGACCGACAAUGCACCCCGGUUCCCCGGGACAUCACCAGUGUUCGGGUCCCCCCGGCCCUCCGAUGCCACACAGCCCGCCGCUGCAGUCCGGUCCUUCCGGCUAUCUGGGGCCUCAUAAUCAACCUGGGGCUCCCAUGCAGCCGGGUCAGCCUCUGACCCCGCCCGGGAUGGGUUCACCUUACAACGCCCCCGGGGUGCAAGGCCACAUGAUGAACAUGCCCCGAGAGAAUCACGGUCCUCCAGGCCCCCCCUAUCAGCAGGGCCCCGGGGAAAUGCCGCUCAACACCAGCUACGAAUCCUUACAGAACCCAGCUGAUUUUUACGACAACUACUAUUCACAUCAAGCCGUCCAUAACUUCCAGCCAGCCAAUAACUCGGGGGAAGGGAUGUGGCACGGUGACUACGCCGAACAUCAACCCCACAUCAUGGCCCAGGAGCCACACGGCAGCGGCAACGAAUCCGACUGUAUGAACAGCGCAGGCCGUGCACCCGCUCUCAAUGUUCCCGACUUCCUUCCUGCCAUGCAGAAAGCACUCUUCGUAAGACUCAGCCAGAAACACCAAGAGGACGGGGAACCCAUCAGCAACCAGCCCCAGAGGACGCUGAGCAAGGAAGAAGAUGACAACGUGAACUGGUAUUCCAGUAGCGAAGAGGAAGAGGGAAGCAGCGUCAAGUCGAUACUGAAGACGUUAAAGAAGCAAACGGAGUCCUUGAGGAACCAGCAGAAACAUUCCGCGGACCUCGGGGCCCCCACCGACCCGCGCCUGGCCAAGGAGAAGAGCCCCGGAGGCCAGGCCGCGGACCCCCGCCUGCGGCCCGGCUCGAGGCAGAGCGGCAGGAAGCCGUCCGAGUCCGCCCCCUUCGACCCGCGGCUGCCGCGGGAUCCCAGGAAGUUCAAAGCCAACGAGGGCGGCCCCGCCGGGUCCUCGGGCGGAGCGGCCAAGUUCGACGUGCCCCACGGCAGCGCCAAGGUCAAGCAGAAAGGACUGGACGACGACGACGAAGAGGCCGAGCGGGAACUGCGAGAGAAGGCCUUCCUGAUCCCUCUGGAGCCUUCCCCCGGGGUGACGCUCCAGGACCCGCGGUCCCAGCUGAGGCAGUUCAGCCACAUCAAAAUGGACAUAACCCUGACCAAACCCAACUUCGCCAAGCACGUGGUGUGGGCCCCCGAAGACUUACUGCCCGUGCCGCUGCCCAAGCCCGACCCGGUCUCCUCCAUCAAUUUACCCCUCCCUCCCCUCAUAGCCGACCAGCGGCUCAACAAGCUACGGAACCCGAAGGGCGACCUUCACCCCGGCGCGAUGCCGGCCGAUCCGAGACUGGCCCCCAAAGCCAAAAACCCCGCGAGCCGGGGCGGAUUCUUGGACCAGUGCCCGGAGAGCCACAGCCCGGGGAGCAAACUAGGCGAUCCCCGGUUGCAAAAGAACGUCGACCCGAGGCUCCACAGACCGCCCAGUACCGAGACCCACCACGGGAUCGCCAAGGAGGCGCACCCCUCCAAGUUCGACCCCCGCCUGGCCAGGGCCGGCCCGGCCCAGCCCGCCGGGGCCGCGGCGAGCAGACCGGACCCCGAGGCCCUCCCCCCGUACGCGCCCAAGCUGUCGGCUGCGGCCGGGGUUCGCCCGGGGCCUCCCAGCUCGCUGCUCAGCGGGAUCAGCCUGUACGACCCCAGGGAUCAGAGCUCGGCCUCGGCCGCCGAGCCGGCGCCGGCCACCGCGGGGGAGAACGGGGAGAACCCGAAGAAGACGGGCGUCCUGAAGAGCGGCGGCAAAGGCGAGCACGCUCCGCCCGAAGCCGCGGUGCCUCAGAAGGCCGCCCCGAACCCGGAAAAGACGGCGGAAGGGUCGGCCGACGGCCCUCCGGCCGACAGGCAGAGCGGCGCCGCCAAGGCCCCGGCCAAGCCCGGCCCGGUCCACUCCAGUCCCGCCCCGGCGGUGCACAACCUGCCCAUCCAAGCCCUCGCCGGCCUGAUCAGGCCCCAGUACAGCGAUCCGAGGCAGACCAGGCCGCCUGGACAAGCGAGUCAGGUGCCGGACACCGAUCCGGACGGAGAAUCCGAUGACAAAUCCCUGAAAGACGUCUUUAAGACUUUCGACCCAACCGCUUCGCCAUUUUGUUAGCAGUCGCUUUAUUAAAAAAAAAAAAAAAAAAAAAAAAAAAAAACACACCAAAACACACACACACACACACACACACACACAGAAGUUUUUACCGUCGUGACGAUUGCAGUUCUCUGCCGUUUUGUAACCGGUUUACCUCUAUGCUUUUAUUUAUUUUUAAAUUAUAAUUAUCAACUUUUCAGCUGCUAAUCUCAGAACCACACGCAGUUCUACGCUCUAGUGUUUGCAAAGCUGUGGUAUUUUCUAGACGAUAUUUUUCCAAUUUCAGGGAGACCGUGAUAAUUGACGAGAGAAACCGGCGCAAUCAUGUCCGAUCCGAUGAGAAGCACUUUCAUUGUAAAUAAGACAUCAUGAAGAGUUCAGACCCUCAAGACUUGUAUAUGUGCAAGCUGUCUUUCAUAAUCAAUGUUUAGAGAAACGAUUGCCACUUUUGUAUGACUGUAUAGGUUCAAGCAAUACGAUGUACAUUACUUGGAGAAAGAGUAUUUCAGAUCGGGAUCUCCUGAAUUUACCACGCCAAACCCGCUGAACUGAGAUUUUUUCGCCGAUGAACUAAAGUCUCGGUCCGAGUUUUCCAAACGGUCGAUGGGAGGCCAUCGCUUUUAUCCAUAUUGUCCAUAUCCUUAGUGUAAAAGAAACCUAUAUCACAUAUCGCUGAGUUGAAAUGUCAUAUCUUUUAAAAGUAUUUUAUGCUCUACUGUAUAUAGAAAUUGUGAAGUACAUAACUGUCCCAGUGGAUAAUCCCUCCGUUCUCUAAUCCGAAAACUUUUUAUUUAAUUUUUUUUUUUUUUCCACAUAAAACAAUUCUGGAUAGUGCUGUAGUUUCAUUGUGGUGUUCAUGUAUUUCAAUGUAUUUUUGUAUUCAGCGGCUUAAUUUGUAUUGCUUUUUUGUAUCGAUGUAUCGGCAGUUCAUGUAUCCAUCGUGUUGGACAUUUUUAACAAAAUUAAAAAAAAGCUACAGUGAAGAUCUA